CUUAAUCUCCAUAUAACCCAUCCUCUUCUAAAACUAAUCAACUAAUAUUCGCAACUUCAAAUCAAUGUAGUGUAGUAGUAAGCUAACCCAAUUUCUCACUCCAAAUCCCUACAAAUUGAAAUCAAUUCUCAAAUUUCAAUCCUCUAACGCCCAAUUCCUCGUGUCCUAUUGGAUCUUGAAAUUCUAUGGAAGGUUUCAGUGCCGAAGAUCUGUCCACCAUAGGUGGAAUCGCAACGGUAUCGCUUCUGCAUUCCUUCAUCCCCACGCAUUGGCUCCCUUUCUCCAUUGUCGGCCGCGCCCAGAAAUGGACUCUUUCCCGCACUCUCCUCGUCACUGCAUUCGGAGCUGUGUUGCACGUAAUAUCUACUUCAGUUCUUGGUAUAACAGCAGUAACCAUGGCAAACACCAUUGCUGGUGAAGAAACAGUCCACAAACUUGCUUCCCUUUUGCUUAUAGUCCUUGGUGGUAGUUAUGUUUUGUUGUUUUUAAUGGGAAAGGGUGGUCACAGUCACUCUCACAACCAACCCAUGGAAAAGAUGGCCGUUGCUGGACUUGUUCUUGUGCCUGCUCUGUCUCCUUGUGCAACUACACUUCCAGUGUUUCUUGCCGUUGGAAAUUCUUCUUCCAUGAUGGUUCUUGCUAUCAUAGUACUGCUAUUCAGCACCAUAGCUGUGAUGACCUCGCUGGUUGCUCUGUCAUUCUAUGGUGCUAGCCAGAUCAAGUUUCACUGGGUGGAGCGAUAUGACAAACUUCUUGUAGGUUCAGUGCUGUGUUUAGUAGGAAUCUUGACACUCCUUUUCCAUGAUCAUGAUCAUGAUCAUGGCAGUGGUUCAACUGGAGAGCAUUUGCAUAGAAAAAUCAUCGGUCUUUGAAUAUUUGGAUCGGUCGUGCAAAUGUUUACUUGUAGAAAGCGAUUUUCAAUAUGUAUCAAAAUAGAACUGUUUGUAACAUGCUUGAUGUGCUACAAUGAUCAAUUGAGAAUUUGUUUUGUUCAAUUUACAAAUAUUUGCUGUAGCUGAACAUAGCUUGCAGAGUGGUUAUAAUCUUA